CAUUGCAGAAUUUGGACAAGUGUUUGCAUGUUGACUAUAAACUAGUUUCGUGGUUUGUUGCUGGUGGUGAUUUGAAUCUUUAAACCUUUUUGGCUGAAAUGGGGUUUGGUUUCUUUAGUUCCUUGCUAAUUUUGUCACUCUUGUUCAAGCAUUUUACCUGUCAACUGCCCAACACAGAUAAUUUCUAUGUCUCUGAUUUCUUGAAGAAGAUGAGCUCAAACUCUUCUUCCAUGUCCUGCAACUCUUCUUCUGCUGCUUGUUCAUGGAAAGGGGUACAAUGUGAUGCCAAGAGGGAGAAUGUUAUUGCUUUAAAGGCUUCUAGUUUAGGCCUAACUGGUUUGAUGCCUGAUUCCACCAUUGGAAAGCUAAAUAAGCUUCAAUCCUUGGAUCUUAGCAAUAACAAAAUCACAGCUUUGCCUUCGGAUUUGUGGAGCUUAGGCUCACUCAAGAUCCUUAAUCUCUCCUCUAAUCGGAUUUCGGGCUCUCUCCCGAACAACAUCGGUAACUUCGGAAUGCUUGAAGUUGUUGAUCUCUCUGACAACAAUUUCUCUGGGGAAAUGCCAACAGCUAUAAGCUCCCUACUUAGUUUGCAAACUCUUAAGCUAGCUGGAAAUGGAUUUGAAGGGAGCAUUCCAACAGGUAUUCUAAGUUGCCGGUCUUUGGUCUCGCUAGAUCUCUCCUCGAAUCAUCUUAACGGUUCCUUGCCGGACGGUUUUGCUGCAGCGUUUCCUAAGCUAAGAACUUUGAAUAUUGCCAGGAAUGAGAUUUAUGGCAAUAGUACAGAAUUUGCAGCAAUGAAGUCUCUUACAAGCCUGAACAUUUCAGGGAACUUGUUUCAAGGCCGCAUUUCUCAGGUACAAUUAAAGUGGUCUCAUUUGGUUUAUCUAGACUUGUCUGAAAACCAGCUUAGUGGUGAAAUUUUCAUGAAUCUGAGUCAAGCUCUUAAUCUUAGGCACCUUAAUCUUGCAUAUAAUCAAUUUUCUAGACAGAAGUUCCCGAAAACCGGAAUCCUGUCGAGUUUAGAGUAUCUCAAUUUGUCUAAAACCAAUCUCAUUGGCCAUAUUCCUAGUGAAAUUUCACAGAUGAGUUGUUUACAAACACUUGAUGUUUCGUCAAACCAUCUUCAUGGCCGAAUCCCAUCAUUAAUUCCCAAAAGCCUCGAAAUACUUGAUGUCUCGAACAAUGAUUUGAGAGGAGAAAUUCCGGUUUCUGUCUUGGAAAAGCUCCAAUUGAUGAAGAGAUACAACUUCUCUUACAACAACUUGACCCUUUGUGCCUCUGGGAUCUCUCUUGACAACUUUGAAACAGCCUUUUAUGGCUCUUUAAACAGUUGUCCGAUUGCUACAAAUCCUGUCCUCUUCAAAAGAAGAGCCGACAUACACAGAGUUUUCACUUUUAACAUUGCCUUAGCUUUGACCCUCACCAUGGUCUGCUUGCUUGCUGCUUUGCUAUUCAUAGCCUUCAAUUGCAGAAAGAAAUCGAGAAUAUGGCUAGCUAAGGAACCUUCAUAUAAAGAAGAACAAAACAUGUCGGGCACCUUUUCUUUCCAAACCGAUUCGACCACAUGGGUGGCUGAUGUUAAACAGGCAACAUCUGUCCCUGUAAUGAUGUUUGAGAAACCAUUGUUGAAUCUCACAUUUGCAGACCUCUUGUCUGCAACUUCAAAUUUCAGUAUCGGCGCCCUAGUAUCGGAAGGGAAAUUCGGGCCUGCUUAUAGAGGAUUUCUGCCUGGUGGAAUCCAUGUAUCUAUCAAAGUCUUGGUUCAUGGAUCAACAUUGACAGACCACGAAGUUGCAAGAGAGCUCGAGUAUCUUGGUCGAAUCAAACACCCGAAUCUUGUCCCAUUAAUUGGAUAUUGCUUGGCUGGGGAUCAACGGAUUGCCAUUUAUGAUUACAUGGAGAAUGGCAGCUUGCAGGAUUUGUUACAUGACAUGUCACUUGGUGAAGAAGACAACGGCGGGGUACAAAAUGUUGGGUCUGAAGAAGGGCUAUCAAAAUUAACAACCUGGGGAUUUCGACACAAAAUAGCCCUCGGCAUUGCACGAGCGCUGGCAUUUCUUCACCAUGGCUGCUCACCUCCAUUAAUCCAUAAUGAUAUUAAAGCUAGCAGUGUUUAUCUUGACUUCAAAUUGGAUCCUAGAUUGUCAGAUUGUGGGUUGGCCAAAGUUUCCGGAACCGGUUUAGAGGAUGAAAUUGGUGGCAGGUCACCUGGAUAUGUACCACCAGAGUUUUCUCAGCUGGAAUCCGACACCACAACACCGAAAUCAGAUGUAUAUUGUUUUGGUGUUGUUCUGUUUGAGCUAAUCACAGGUAAAAAGCCGAUCGGAGAUGAUUAUCCUGAUGAACAAGAAGCAAACUUAGUUACUUGGGUUAGAGGAUUGUUGAGAGAAAAUAAAGGUCCAAAAGCCAUUGAUCCUAAAAUUCGAGAUACAGCACCGGUCUACCAAAUGGAGGAGGCUCUCAAGAUCGCAUAUCUGUGUACGGCUGAUCUUCCUACAAAGCGACCGAGCAUGCAACAGAUUGUUGGACUUCUCAAGGAUAUUGAACCUUCAGCCUUUUAGUUUUUUCACCUUAUGCCACCAUGGGAGUGUGAGGAUGUUUUGUUAAACGUGUCUUGGACCCUUAUAUCUUUCACCUCCCCUUUAAUUUAUAAUUUUAUAUACAAGAGUUGGAUACUUGAAAAUUGGAGAUCAUGUUGCUUUACAUUUAUACGGAGUAAUUAAUCAAUC